AUGAAACAAGGGGUAAAACUCCUUUCCGUAUAUUAUGGGGUGUUAUGCGAGAUUUUUCGUGAAUUGGAUCAUCGUGAUAGAGUGAUUAUGGAGAACACUAAUGAUAUUGCAGCAUAUAAGAAAUCUAUCCAACGGCAACGGACUCAACUCCAAUAUCAAUUGCGCUCGAAUGCUCGCUCCUGGGGUACUACAAAACAAUCAUACAAAUGUACACAUUGCGAUCAAACUGGGCACACAAAAGAGCGUUGUUAUGAGCUUGUUGGGUACCCAGAGUGGUGGGAUCAUAGUCGUGAUUCAAAGAAAAGAGGGUCUGGUUGGAAUGCGGCAGCUGCACUUACGAAGGGAAAGGUAGAUGGAGAUAAUGAAUUUGCCAAACAUGCCACUGCAUUGAUAGCAACAGCAGGUAACAAUAUUGGUAAGGACAUCCGAACGAGACAAACGAUUGGUUAUAGUGUUAGGAGAGGGAAGCUGUACUACCUGGAUCUUGUGUCGACGAGUUCAGACAAGUUGCGCAAGGCACUGGUAGCAGAUAGUUUUGAAGGGGAGAAGAAAAAAUCUGAAAUUUGGUUAUGGCAUCGACGUUUGGGACAUGUCUCAUUUGGUUAUUUGAAGAAGUUGUUUCUGAGUUUAUUUUCAAAAGUUUAUAUUUCUGUUUUCCGUUGUGAAGUCUGUGAACUUGCGAAAAGCCACCGUAUGUCCUUUCUAGUUACUUUAAAUAAAAGUUUCGUUCCUUUUAUGCUUAUUCAUUCUGAUGUUUGGGGUCUAUCUCCGGUUACUACUAUGAAUGGAUCACGUUGGUUUAUCGCAUUUAUUGAUGAUUGUACUAGGAUGACUUGGGUAUGCUUAAUGAAGUCAAAAAAGGAGGUGAAUUUGUUGUUUCUAAAAUUCCAUGCCAUGAUUCAGACUCAAUACAAAGCACAGGUUCAAGUUCUUCGUAGUGAUAAUGGUAGAGAAUAUAUAAAGUCUGAACUUCAACAUUAUUUGACUACACAGGGCAUUGUUCAUCAAACCACGUGUACUUCCACACCCCAACAAAAUGGGGUGGCAGAGAGAAAAAAUCGACACUUGUUGGAGGUUGUUCGUGCUUCCUUGAUUGAAGCUCAUAUGCCUGUGUCAUGUUGGGGAGAUGCCCUUUCUUCAGCUGCAUAUCUCAUUAAUCGUGUUCCAUCCAGCGCUGUUAAAUUUCAGAUCCCAUUUCAAGCUCUACAAGAUGUCACCAAUGCUCCCACUGUCCCUAAUUUACAACCUCGUGUUUUUUGGGGGGUGCAUCAUAAGGCGGAAGUUCAAACUCAGACUCGAAGUUAUGAUUCUUAUAAUUAUGAAAUUCUGAAUUAUGAUUAUGCUGGGGCAUCUGAAGAUGUGGAUACAGGUGUGAGCAGUUUGGAUACAGAUGUGGAUAUAGGUGUGAACAGUUUGGAUACAAGUAGUGUUGAAGACUCUCCUGUUAUUGAAACUGCGUCACUAUUUGAGCCUCUCUCACUGCAACAUGACACACAUAACCAAUCGCUCGUUGAGGAUGUUCCUGAGUCUGUUCCAAACUCUCCCAGAAGAAAUCCCCCUCGUAGUAAUAAAGGUAUUCUUAAACCCGUGAAUGAACCUGAACUUACUAGCAAGGCCAAGUAUCCCAUGAGUCAGUAUGUGUCCACCCAUCCCUUGUCUGAAUCAAAUAAGUCAUUUGUGAAUCAAUUAUCUGCUGUAUUUAUUCCUAACAGUGUGCAGGAGGCCCUUGCUGAUCCAAGGUGGAAAGCAGUGAUGAAUGAAGAAAUGAAGUCUUGCAGAAGAACAAAACAUGGGAGCUUGUUGAUCUCUCGUUAG